AUGACACUCGAUGGAGGGGUCAUACCCGGACUUUUUAUCGUGGCCUCCAGUUGUCCCGACUACCGUGUUCGCCUGCGCGCAAUCCGGUCUCUCCUGGCCUGGCCGCAUUGCGAAGGCUGGGCAAACUCGAAUUUAGCUGCGUCUCUCACACUGGAGUCUCUCAAGGUAGAAAUGGCCAGAGAGAAUCAAAAACGCAUACAGAAGGUGGCCGAAGUGGUCAACAACAGAGAUGACAAUUAUCUCUUGGAUACUCUCAAAUCCGUUGAGACUAUUGCGGACUGGUCCCCCGUCCGGGGCUUUAAUGUACACCUCCCAAUCAGAAAAACGACCAAAAAUUCGAGGUGA